GAAGUUAUUGUAGUUGAUAAGAAGAAAAAGAAAAAGAAGGGUAAACUUAGUAUUGGAGGCGAAAAUGUAAUUUACACUAGUGAAACAGACAAGACUCCAGUUCAACUUUGGAAUAUUAGUGAUGUGGAGAGUGUCAAAUAUGAGAAAAAAAAUGUUACAAUAACAUUUGGUGGUGCAAAGCAAGCAACAUUUAAUUUUCAGGUAUCAAAUAAAAGUGAUGCUGAAGCUAUUUAUCGACAAUAUGUGGAAUGUACCGCAAGUUUAGAAUUGCCAACUGUUAAUAUUGACACAAGCUCUAUGAAAUCUCCACGACCAACUUCAACACAUGAUAACCAAGAUAAUGAAGAAACUGAGUCACAAGCUGACGCUGAAGAAAAUGAUGUAGAAGAAGUUAAUGUAGAAGAGGUUAAUGUAGAAGAGGUUAAUGUAGAAGAGGUCAAUGAGAUGGAGUUGCCAUCACCAAAACUUGGCAUUGCGUUAUAUGACUUUGAUGCUCAAGGCGACGAUGAGAUCUCAAUCCGUGAAGGUGAUGACCUUUGGAUUAUUGAUGAUGUUAGUAGCAAUGAAUGGUGGAAGUGUCGUAAAGGUGACGAGGAAGGCAUGGUACCCUCUUCUUAUAUUGAUAUACCAAAUGAAGAUGGCAAUGCUGACCAAUAUGCUGCUGAGGAGGAGCGUCAACGGUUAGAAGAGGAAGAAUACCAAAGGGCAGAAGAAGAACGAUUAAGAAAAGAGGAAGAACGGCUGAGAAAGGAGGAAGAACGACAAAGAAAGGAGGAAGAACGUUUGAGAAGAGAGGAAGAACGACAGAGAAAGGAAGAUCGACAAAGGAAAGAAGAAGAACCACGUCCACCUGCUAAAUCGAAGUCUUCUUCAGACGAAGCAGCUAUAAAGAAAAUACAAACACCAACAAAUCGCAUAUUGCCUGACAGACCAGCCCAAGCUCAAUCAAAAGAUAAACCACUUCCGUCGAAUACAAGACUUUGGACAGACAGAACUGGUUCAUUCCAAGUUGAAGCCGAAUUUCUUCAACUUAGUGACGGCAAAGUGCAUCUCCAUAAACUUAAUGGCAUAAAAAUUGCUGUUCCCAUUGAUCGAAUGAGCAAAAAGGACAUUGCAUAUCUUGAGGGAGUAACUGGAGAAAAACUAGAUGACAGAUCUGAUAACAUACCUUUGGCCGCUAUUGUUGCUGGACAUAAAGGCAAGACGACCUUAACAAACAAAAAUAAAUCAGAAUAUGAUUGGUUUGACUUCUUUCUUAAGGCUGAUAUCACGCAUGAUGAUGCGUUCAAAUACGCUAAAAUAUUUAUCAACGAGAAUAUGGAUGAGAGUUCAAUAAAUAAUUUAGAUCGCAAUGUAAUGAAAGAACUUGGCUUAAAAGAAGGAGAUAUAAUUCGAGUAACUAAAUACGUUUCUGAAAAUUAUACGUCUGUUAAAAAGAAAACUGCUAUUGGUGAAAGUAAAGAAAGAGAAAAGACAGAUAGGGAAAUUGCCAAAAAAGUCCAGUUUGAAGAACUCGAAAAAUCACAAAAAUUGUCAGAAUUUGACUUAAAGAUGCAACUGAAACGUGAUGAACAAUUAGCCAGAGAACUUCAAGAAGAAGAAAACAGAAUAGCACGUAGUGAAGGAAGAACAAUCCCAAAGGAUGCCGAUUUAUAUGGCAAAGGGACUCUAGACUCGCUCAUUCAACGAGAUGAUAAAGCAAAUUCACCAAAAACUCCACCAUUACUUUUUUCUGAAAACAAUGGCGUUUUAAAAAAUAAUACGAAAAAAGCCCGUCCUACGCCCACAAAGACAGCACCAAUUCAAGUUGAUGCGAAAACUUUUGUGAAUAGCAAGAAUUCUAAAGACCAAAUUGAUUCUGCUUUUAAGCCAUCUUCAAAGUCAUCGUCUUCUACGACACAGAAAUUCGAUGAUGAUGCUUGGAGCUUUACUGACUCAACGCCUGCGUUAAUACCUGCUACUAAGGUGGUUCCACCUCCACCUCCGCCUCCUCCACCAGUAAUCACACCAAGACCUCCUCCAGUAGUCGCACCAAGAUCUUCUCUAAAUGAACAAUUAACUAGUAAACAAUUAAUUA